AUGAAGCGUGCGCACAACCCCCCGAAAGCGGCGCAUAAAGCACACAAGCGCCAGAAGCUCGAGAAUUCCCUCAAACCUACGAGGAAGCAGAAACGCAGAGUCCAAUUGAACGAGCUGGGAUGGAAGACAGUGUCUAUGCCAGAUCGUCUGGAGGAUACCGAGGGCUUCUACGGGCUGGAAGAGAUUGACGAUGUGGAUAUCGUCAAGGACCCGACUACCGGCAACAUCACGUUCCAGACCACAAAAACCGAAGAAGAGGUUGAGAAGGAUGUAGAAGCUGCCUGGCGCAGAGAAGAGGAAGAGGCUGCGCGUCUGGAGAAGAUGAUCGGCCAGGAAGGCAAGGAGCUACCCGUGGAGGGGGAGACAGAGGCUGCAGAGGAAGCUGAGGCUGAGAUUGACAACGACUCGUUUGCAGGAUUCAGCGACGAAGACAUUGAGGACGCGCCGGCCAAGACGGGUGGCAUCGACAUCGAAGACCUCGACCCAAACAGCGCGAUAGAAGACGGGAGAGCACUGAAGAAGGACAAGGUCGAAAAGAAGCCAGAGAAAGCCAAGACGAAGAAGGAGAAGAAGGCGGAGGCCAAGGCAAAGAGGGAAGAGGAGAAGCUGAAGCAGAAUACUGCAGCCAACGCCGGCGCAAAUCCGGACUACGUCGAAGAAGAAGGCGCGGAAGCCACGGAGGAUUUCGAGAUCUCCGGCGAGGGGGCGUUCGACAUCUUGCUCAACCAGCCGGUCGAUGAUGACGAGGUCGAUACAUCAGCGUGGGAAGAGCUGAAUCUAUCCGAGAAGGUGGUGGGUGCACUUGCAGGACUGAAGUUCUCCAAACCCAGUUUGAUUCAGGCUGCGACGAUACCUGAGAUCAUGGCUGGCAGAGAUCUCAUUGGUAAAGCCUCUACAGGCUCAGGAAAGACGCUUGCCUUUGGUAUUCCCAUCAUUGAACGUUACCUCGCCACUCGAUCUGCGCACAACGAGGAUGCAAAGACACAGACAAUACCUACCGCCCUGAUCAUUGCGCCGACGCGAGAACUCGCCCAUCAGAUCACAGCGCAUUUGACUGAUCUCUGCGUCAAGGGUGACUUCGAUGCCCCCUCCAUCGCAACGAUCACAGGUGGUCUGUCCGUGCAGAAGCAACGUCGCCAGCUGGAGAAGGCGGAUGUUGUCGUGGGCACACCUGGACGGCUGUGGGAGGUUAUCAGCAGCGGUCAAGGCCUCCUGCGUGCUCUCAAGCAGGUCAAGUUCUUGGUCCUGGACGAGGCUGAUCGCCUUCUGAGCCAAGGUCACUACCAAGAGCUUGGAGAAAUCCUCAAGGUGCUGGACAAGGUAGACGACGAAGAGGACGAGGAGGAGCCAACGCCAGAAGUCGAACGCCAAACCCUCGUCUUUUCUGCUACCUUCCAGAAGGGUCUCCAGCAGAAGCUCGCCGGCAAAGUCAAGUUUGGUAACGGCACAGGCGACAUCAUGAACAAAGCCGACUCGAUGGAAUAUCUGCUCAAGAAGCUCAACUUCCGCGAAGAGCAGCCUCGGUUCAUCGACGCAAACCCCGAGUCGCAAAUGGCUAGCAAGCUGCGCGAAGGCCUCAUCGAAUGCGCCGGCCCCGAGAAGGACCUCUACCUGUACUCCCUCCUGCUGUUCCACCCCAACAAGCGUGCCCUAAUCUUCACAAACUCCAUCUCUGCAGUCCGCCGCCUGACCCCGUUCCUCGCCAACCUCAACCUGCCUGCGCUCCCGCUUCACUCGAGCAUGAUUCAGAAAGCGCGUCUUCGCUCCAUCGAGCGCUUCAAAUCGCGCCCUGGUUCCAUUCUCGUCGCGACCGACGUUGCAGCUCGUGGGCUUGACAUUCCCAAGGUCGACCUCGUCAUCCACUACCACCUGCCACGCGCCGCAGACACAUACGUGCACCGAUCUGGCCGCACAGCCCGCGCCGACGCCUCAGGCUCCAGCAUCAUCAUCUGCGCGCCUGAAGAAGUCGCGGGUGUGCGUCGACUCGUUGCGAAAGUGCACGCUCGCGCCGAAUCCGCGCAACAGCAAAAGAACAAGAAACGCGCCUACUUCAUCCGCACACUCGACAUCGACCGCCGCAUCGUCUCGCGCCUCAAGCCGCGCGCCACCCUAUCCAAGAAGCUCGCCGACACCGUCAUUGCCAAAGAGAAGAAGAACUCCACCGACGACAUGUUCAUGCAGGCCGCCGAAGAUCUCGGCAUCGACUACGACAGCGAGGAAUUCGAGAAGGAAGCCAAGGGCAAGAAAGGCCGAGGCAGCGGACGCAAGAAGAAAGAGAAGAACGCGAGCGAAAUGACAAGAGCCGAAUUCGCAUCCAUCAGACACGAGCUGAGGGGGCUCCUCGCAGAACGCAUCAAUACGGGCGUCAGCGCCAAGUAUCUCACCAGCGGCGGCAUCGACGUCGAAGCCCUGAUGAAGGGCGAGGGCAACACGGGCUUCUUGGGCGCUGUCGACGGACUGGGCUUCGACGACGAACUCGAUAAACCCACCCCUGCACCGAUUCAGGAUGAUGAGGAUGAGGAGGAGGAGGAUGAAGACGAAGACCCGGUGGUGGAUGGAGACGCAGAUGCAGACGAGGUGUCCAAACCACCCAGCGCAGCAUCCAAGCCCGAGGGCAAGAGCAAGAAGCAGAAGAGUCGCAAGCGGAACGCAGAUGGGACGAAGAAGAAGUGGAUCCACCAUUAG